AUGACGACACUCAGAGAACUUCCAGGGGAUUUGGUAGAGGAGAUACUCUGCCGCGUUCCGGCCAAAUCUGUGAAACGAUUACGAUCCACUUGCAAGCGAUGGAACCGUUUAUUCAACGAUGUGGGAUUCGCAAGAAAACACUCUGAUAAAGCCCCAAAGCAGUUUAUAGAUCUCGUAUUGACCGCUGAAUACAAGAUUCUUCCGAUGAGCGUCAAUCUCCAUGGAAUCAAUCCAUCCGUAGAGUUUAAGGGUGAGCUUAGCCUUCCCGAUCAUCCGCAUUCUAUGGAUGUCGAUGGAGUCUUUCAUUGCGACGGCUUCAUCUUGUGCACAUACACCUCCAGAGACGAAUAUGGAAUCGUGGUUUGGAACCCUUGUACAGGUCAAACCAGGAGGAUUGAUCCCGUUGUUCGCAAUAAAAGCCGCGGCUUUGCUCUCGGGUACCACCAGGACAAGGGUAAGAGGAGCUACAAACUACUGAGCUACUAUGAUACUCUCAAAGAUUCGGCAAUCUAUGAUUUUACCUCUGAUUCAUGGAAGAUUGUUGAUGGUGAUAUCGCUCCAGGCUGGAACGUUGGAGACGCUUAUAGUUGCCAGAGCGCGUCUUUGAAAGGAAACACUUACUGGUUUGCUAACCACGAAACAGAAACGCACCUUGGCAUGUGCUUGCUCAGGUUUGAUUAUUCAACAAAGAUAUCAUGUGGACACGUGCCUCUUCCCUAUCAGUAUCCUAGUUACAGAACUUCGACUCUUUCCGUUGUUAGAGAAGAGAAGCUUUCGGUGUUAUUACAGCCUCAUAAUACAUCCAAGACUGAGGUAUGGGUGACUGAUAAGAUUGAUGGGACCAAAGACAUGUCGUGGAGAAAGUCUUAG